AUGGUGGGAGGAGCUGUGGCACAAUUAUAUCCAGGGCAGAGUCCUGUAAAUCAUACCUGUCUACUUCAACCCUCUCUCCUCUCCUGUCCCCCGCAAAACCCCUCCAUCGUCGACUCCUGCUGCACUGAAACCUUUGGUGGCCUCCUUCUGUCCACACAAUUCUGGUCUACCUACACCAACCGCGAGUCCUCGGGUCAGCUUCUCCCCCAAAACUCCUGGACACUGCACGGUCUGUGGCCUGAUUUUUGCAACGGGAGUUUUACGCAGUACUGCGACCUAUCCCGACAAUACGAUCCCAUUCCCUCGCCGAAUACUACUGACGGUACGAGGAAUGGAACGAAGGUGCCCCCGUAUACAGGGCCGGAUAUCGGGACGUUCGUGAAGGGGUUUGGGAGGUAUGAUUUGCUGGAUUAUAUGAACACGUACUGGAUCGCGCAAAACCAAGAAAACUCUGGGUUCUGGGGUCAUGAGUUUAGUAAACAUGCCACCUGCUUCUCAACUUUCAACACCGCAUGCUAUGGUCCGAAAUACGUUCAGCAUUCCGAGGUGGUGGAUUUCUUUGAAACUGCGGUGCAGUGGUAUAAGAAAGUCCCAACGUAUAAGUGGUUGAGGAAGGAGGGGAUUGUGCCAAGUAAUACGACGACGUAUAGUUAUAAGGAGAUUGCGGGGGUGCUGGGGAGGAGGCAUGGAGCAGUGCCGUAUGUGGGGUGUACGGGACAGAGAUGGAAUAAUACAGAGGAGGGGAGGGGUGGGGUAGAUAGCGGGUUUACGGUACUGAGUGAGGUUUGGUACUAUGAUUAUGCAUAUGGUCGGCCGCAAGAUGGGAAGACGGUGCCGGUUAAUGCGACGGGGAGUCAGACAAAUUGUGCGAAGGUCGAGGGGGCGAUUCGUUAUUAUGAGAGGACGAAGGGGUCCGAGCGGACCCCUAGGGUACCAUAUUGAGAGAAGAAGUUUGGGGAAGAGGGAAUGGUAAUGUGUGAUGAAUGAAUUGAAAACGAAAUGGAAU